AGAGAGCGCGCGGAAAUGAAUUUUAUAAUACGAAAAAAAGUCCACACAACUUUUUAUUGACAUUUAUACUGAACACUGAUGGUAGAGUAUUCAGAGGAAUGGAUCGGUACGUGCUAGUUGUUUCUUUUCACCAAGAAGAGGAUAAAUGCGCGAAGGCAUUGGAGGCUGCCAAACAGAUCUAUGAUAAACUGGGGAGCAUCGCCAGUUGUAAUUCAAAACGGAGGGUUUCUCUGUUUCCAGCCUGCUCUCUGAGUGGUGGUCCAGCCUCACAGAGGUGGUAUUUUGCUGUCCAGACAUGCCAUGGGACAUCUCAGUUCUGCAGUACAGAGUGGGAGGAGCUGGGUAGUUGUCAGAAGAACGAUGAGCAGGAGGAACGCCCCAGCACUAUGGAGGCCUGUCUCAGUGCUCUGGAUGAGCAGGAGGAGAAGAGUGACCAGCCUGACCCACAGCAGACACAGUUGUAUGAAGAGGCAGCAGAGGGAUUACACCUGUUAUCAGACCAGCUUCCCCCUCCAGGAAAAGCUCUGUUAGAUGUGAUAUUUCUGGGUUUUGCUGAAGAAGCUCCUAAGCUGAAGGACUUCCUCCCUGUGAUUGGCUCGUUGAAACACAUGCAGACAUGGCACACAGCCAAGAUGACCAUAGUGACUGAACACCAAGCUGGGUGGCAAAAGCCAGCCUCUAACCUGUCAGCCAGAGUAGUACAUCCCAGUAGCAUCAUGACCUGUAUUGAUGAGAGGGAGUUAUGGAGAGGAGGUGUUCUCAUCAGAGAGAAAAAGUUUGCCUCUGAGGUGAGGUUUGAAGGCUUCUCCCUCCGAGCCCAGGAUAGAGAGACAUGGUACAGCCUGCUGCCUUCUGAUCCAGGAUCCCAUAACAACUCUGACCACAAGCUACACUCAGAGACCAACUCUGACCACAAUCUACAGUCGGAGGUGUUCCAUUACUUCCGGUCUGUUCUAGACCUGGUUCAGUUGGUGACGGUGUCAGAUAUUCCCAGCUUCCUGCGCUCCAGCACAGAGUUUCACCUAGAACUAUCCUCCAAAUCACUGAGAGAUGAACGGCUCCUUGAUCAGUUCAGAUCACUGUCUGGAAAGGUAGGGGCACUGUUCUCUCUAUCCUGUACGGUCAGCUCCAUGGCUCUACCCCCUGCCUCUCAGCUCAGCUCCCAGAAGUGGAAGGACUUCAUGGCUAAGAGACCCAAGACCCUGCCUGUUCCAUAUGUGGAGGUGAAGGGUGAGAGCGGACACCACUUCCUGUUGGUCCAGGGGUCAGAGGGCGGAGGCUGCAAGGCCCGCAUGAUACACUCAGCCAAUCGGAUCAACGGAGCCGCUGCCAUGGCAACCGUCAAUGGGCUUCUGAAAGAGAAUUCAGUGUCGUCUUCAGUUUCCACCACGACAGACUGGCUGCGCUCCCUGCCCUGUCUCCAUGGAGACCAACUGCUACAGAGGGAGAGGAAGUUGGCCGAGGUGCAGACUCUGGUCCUAAAGGAGUGCCUGAGACGUAGAGAAGAGGCAGAGAAGCCAGCUUCAAUACCAGUCAAUGACCUGAAGAUCUUGCUCAGCCUGGCCAGAGAACAGUACCUCAAGAUGCAUGACUCUACCCUGCCUAAAGCCUCUACCCUGCCUAAAGACUCCAGUCUGCCCAGAGUUGAGCCCUGUGGAGCAGAGGAGGUGAACCUCACUACGAAGACUACAGAGUUCAUUAAACACUCCCAACAUGCUGAUUGGCCAGAGAGAAGUGUUCUGCAGAACUAUGAGAACCUCCAGAGGACUCGUCAGAAGCUGAGGUUUGGUCUGCUGUCUGGCAGCUCAUCUGACUGUCUACUGGGGCCUAAAGACGUCCAGGGUCAGAGAACCACCCCAGCCUUGCUGGAUGCCAAAGAGCUGCUUAGACACUUCACACCAGACGGCCUGCCCACCGGAGAUCUGCAGCCUCUAUUAGUCCAGAGACUAGGGGGAAAUACAUUCCAGAUGUCUCCAGACUUGACCCCCAGGAAAGUGACCCAGAUCCCCUUCAGCCAAGCAGCCAGCUCCCACUACCAUGGACUAGAGUUUUGUCUGGACGAGCAGGGCCACAAGGCCUUGGACCGGGACCAGGGCUUCGUCCGUCUGCAGUCUCGUCUGAUUCGCUACGAGACCCAGACCACCUGCUCCAAGGAACCUUGUCCCGUCCCCUUCGCCUUAAGCCCCGCCCCCUCGCCGGCCGUGCUGUCUGAACCAGGAAGUGUCCCGGACGGAGAGGCCCUCCUCAACUCUGACCUGCCCAGGAUCAAGAGACGAUCCUGGGAUACAGACGCCACCCACCCCCAUAAGAGGCUGGCCAAGUCGGAGAGUAGUGAGUCCCUGGGCUCUGUGUGCAGUGGCAGCAGUGGAACUGAUACCCACCCAGCUGUGAGAGGCUUGAGACUGCAGAAAACCAGGUCUCAGUCCUCCUCCUCCUCUGUCUCAGCCCUAAGAAUGGGCCCCCGGGGGCCAGAGAAGCACCACCCUGACCCCCAAAACAGCCACAGAGCCCCCCAGGCCCAGGGACAGGCAGAGGACAAGGCCAGCAAGGAGUCUCGCUCCCAGAAACAUGCCCGGAUGCUAGAAGAGGUUGUGGCGAAGACGCUGAAGCAUCAUGGGAUCACCGGAGAACACGAGAAUCUUGCCGCCUGCAGUCAAAGACUGUUUGAAAUCUCCAAAUUCUAUCUGAAGGAUCUGAAGACGUCCAGGGGCCUUCAUGAGGAAAUGAUGAAAGCAGCCAGCAGCAAUGCCAAGCAGGUCAUCGACUGGGUUACGGAGCGGGCCUCUAAGUGACGAGGGAACGAUCACUAGUGGUUUUAGACUGGUUUUAUAGUCACGGCAAACCGCAAACAUCAGUGGAAUGUAGUUUCACCACAGGAGACAUCAGUACAGUCUGUCAGGGUGUGAACGUGUGAUUAGCAGGUUUGUUUGUGUCUUAAGAACCUCAGUGACUGUCAGUUGCCAGGCAACCAUUCAUUGUAAUUCCAUUGUUUGUUUGUGUCUUAAGAACCUCGGUGACUAUCAGUUGCCAGGCAACCAUUCAUUGUAAUUCCAUUGUUUGUUUGUGUUUUAAGAACCUCAGUGACUAUCAGUUGCCAGGCAACCAUUCAUUGUAAUUACAUUGUUUGUUUGUGUCUUAAGAACCUCAGUGACUGUCAGUUGCCAGGCAACCAUUCAUUGUAAUUACAUUGUUUGUUUGUGUCUUAAGAACCUCAGUGACUGUCAGUUGCCAGGCAACCAUUCAUUGUAAUUACAUUGUUUGUUUGUGUCUUAAGAACCUCAGUGACUGUCAGUUGCCAGGCAACCAUUCAUUGUAAUUACAUUGUUUGUUUGUGUCUUAAGAACCUCAGUGACUAUCAGUUGCCAGGCAACCAUUCAUUGUAAUUACAUUGUUUGUUUGUGUCUUAAGAACCUCAGUGACUGUCAGUUGCCAGGCAGCCAUUCAUUGUAAUUCCAUUGUUUGUUUUAAUGAGUUCUCUCUUAUGUUGUUUUAAUAGGAAAUUCCACAAACUGGGAGGUUUGUCUUUUAGAUGUGUUUACAUGGUUUAUUUAACAUGUGUGUAUGUCUCUGUUUGUUGUAAAUUGGUAGAAUUGUAGAUAUCACUAUUUCUUUUAGUUGAGCCAUCAAUUUGAUGAAAUAUAAUAAAAUGUGUUUUGUGA